GCCCCAUAUUAAAACCCUUUUUGGGUUUCUGAUAUUUUAUUAAAUUUUCUGGGUUCUUUUUACGUUUUCGUACGUUCAUAUUGGCUACUACAUUCUUUAGGAGUUUUUGAUUGAUUCAUCGAUUGAUUGGGUAUGAUGGACCUGAUUUAUUUUAUUUGAUGCUGAACUGGAUUGGGUUAUUUUUAGAUGGGCAUUGGAUGCUUUCUGAGAAUAUUGGCUAAAGUUUUGAUUUUUGGUGGCGGGCAUGUUUGGUUUUGAAGGGGGGCAUUUUAGAACAUGCUAUCUCUGCACCUGGUUCGCAGAUUUGGCACUGCAACCCACAUUGUAGCGGCUGCUAUUACGUGUACUGAGAAUGUUAACUCUGUUAGGGAGAGGCCGGUUUCCAAUGUGGUAAGGGAACCCAUAGAGUUAGAUGAGCCAGCCCUUGUCAAGUUGAAGAAGGAAAGGGACCCUGAGAAGUUAUUUAAUUUGUUCAAGGCUAAUGCUCGUAAUAAGUUAGUUGUUGAAAACCGGUUUGCAUUUGAGGACACGGUUUCUCGAUUAGCUGGGGCGGGCAGAUUUGAUUAUAUUGAAAAUUUACUUGAACAUCAGAAAAUUUUGCCCCAGGGUCGUCGCGAAGGGUUUAUCAUUCGGAUUAUAAUGCUGUAUGGAAAGGCAGGUAUGUUUAAGCAAGCUGUUAAUACGUUCUUUGACAUGCAUUUGUAUGGUUGUCAGCGAACCGUCAAGGCGUUCAAUGCUGCACUGAAGGUUCUGACUCUAUCCCGUGAUUUGGAGGCAAUUGAGUCAUUUUUUAGGGAGGCUCCUUUAGAGUGUGGUGUCAAGCUAGAUGUAUACUCUGUGAAUAUCGUCAUCAAGGCAGUAUGUGAAAUGGGAAUAUUGGAUAGGGCACAUUUGAUCAUGUUAGAGAUGGAAAAGUUGGGAAUAAGACCUGAUGUGGUUACAUAUACGACGCUUAUAUCAGCUUUUUAUAAGUUUAACCAGCGGCAUAUUGGUAAUGGGUUGUGGAACCUUAUGAUUCUCAAUGGUUGUUUGCCUAACCUUGCCACAUUCAAUGUCAGAAUCCAAUUCUUGGUGAAUAAAGGUCGGUCUUGGGAUGCUAAUAAAUUAGUGGGUUUGAUGCAUCACCUAGGUCUAAAACCAGAUGAGGUCACAUAUAACUUGUUGAUCAAAGGGUUCUGCCGAGCUGGAUUUCUUGAUAUGGCAAAAAGGAUUUAUUCACAUUUACCUGAUCAAGGCAUUCAACCAAAUGUCAAAAUUUAUCAGACAAUGAUUCAUUAUCUCUGCGAAGCCAAUGACUUUGAUUUAGCUUAUACGAUGUCUAAAAAAAGCAUGGAAAAGAAUUGGUUUCCAAGCAUCGACACUAUACUAAAGCUACUUGAAGGGCUACGGAAGACUGGAAAAAUUGAUAAGGCAAAAUUUGUGAUCAGUUUGGCUAAGAAAAGGACACCACCUUUUUCUGCACAUCAAAUGAAUACCAUGCAGUCUAUGCUGACAAGAAAAUAUGGGAAUAUUCAAACUGAAACUAAACUGUGAUUUUUGGAGCUCGUCAUCGUUCUCUACUUAAGGCUGUUGAGGCAACCGCAGCCUGAUAAGCACUUUCAUGGAUCAGUAUUCAGAAGACGGUGCUUCUUCUUUGUCUUAAGUAAAAGCUAUGGUGUCAAUGAAGACCCUGGAGAAUUGAAUAUCUGCCAAAACUUUAAUCAUCUAAAUUUUUGUGAGUCUCUCUCUCUCUCUCUCUCUCACGAGUCUGUGAUAAGUCUGUGACAUGUGUUCACCCCCAUGCAGAAGUAGCUUUUGCAUAACUCACAAUUCCAUUUUCCGACAAAAAUUAUCUGCUUAUUUGCUACCACAGGACACAAAUUUCUCUGAGAGUUUAAUGUGUUUCUUUUGUUAUUUCGGUACCGGUAGUCAUAUGUGAAAAUGGAACAGAAUGGCAGCUGAAAUCCCUGAAUUGAGAUGUCAAAGGGUGUGAUGCAAAUGGUAAAACUUAUAAUAUAUGUUAUAUGCAGUGAUAUACAAGCUGCCCCUUCUGCUCAUUGUUUACGUACAAAACCGUUGUCCGGUGCCAGGAUGGAUAGCUGGAUGGAUGUAUUCAGAUACGACCAAUUGCACCUGCACUAGCGAAGAUUGAGACUGGGGAGAAUUUUCAUGAAAUACGUGACAUGGUUUAGGUAAUAAGGCAAGUAGCGGGUGUGUCUGCAAGUUUGUUCUAGAGUUUGUUGACUGGCUUGAAGGUCAGAUAUAACAUAUACUGUACCCUAUCUUCUUGGCCAAAUUUAGAAGGAAUAAAGAUGGACAUGGCUUUGGAACCUGCUAUUUGUCGGAACUGCAAUUCUUAUCACAUGCAAAAGAAUCCAGAUUACUGGCAUCAUUAUGUCAACUAUAUUUCCCAUAAACAAGAGCAUUGGUACCUGUUUUUGCAUACGUAAAUUUCAUCACUGGGAUGGAAGAAAAGGGUGCAUCUAUUAUGUUUUUCAUAAUGAUGACAGCGCAAGUUCCUCGUGAUUGGAUCACUAAGUUUCAUCCAUGCCAAAGGGAGUGCUACAGCAAGAAUUCUAUGAGAACAUCAUGAUCCUUUCAUGGGAAGGCAGGGAAAUUUCGUCAGCUGCUGGAUAGAUUCAAGGGCUUCAGAUAUAGUCGUUUAAACUUUAACUCUUGUAUUGAAGUGUCAGCUUGUAUACAACAUGAACUGUGCAGCAUCUCAUUGUACUCCAAUUGAAGCACUGUCAACCUACCCUCCCCUCCAUGCCAUUCAGGAUCUAAUCUAUACCCAAUAUGAACUAAUAAGAUUUACGUUUGAUCUUUG